UUUAGGAGCAUCCAUUCUCAGUGAGUCAGGCAUCACAGUCUCUGUCCACAACACUAGUGCUAGUCCCAAACUUCAGCUCCCUCUGUCCAAGCCACCAGCACUCAGCACCCUGACCCUCACCCAGGCGGACACUAUUAUCUCCACUCUUCCAUGUUUAAGGAUUUUUCUUCUUCCAGACCGCACAUCUGCGACUUAGCAUGGAGUUUAGAAGAGUUAAUCUCAGCUUACAGAGGACCUGUACACUGCUGCUCCUCUCUAUCUGUGCACAAGGUCUGGCACAAUACUGUCUAUCUAAUACCUGUCUGAAUGGAGGAACAUGCCAGGAGACACUUGGUGGGUACACAUGCCACUGCCCCACAGAGCCUAAGGCCUUCACUGGACUGGACUGUUCAGUAUUAUAUAAUGCAUGCACAGUAUUUACCUGCCCUAACAACCACUUGUGUCAAGCUACCCCUGGAUACCUAGAUUACCAGUGUGACUGCCAACAUGGAUUUAACUGCACUAAGUGUGAUAGUGACCCGUGUGCCCUUCCAAACUUUCAGUGCUCAGAUGAAGAUUGGUCAUUCACAUGCAAAUGCCGAGCUGGACACAGUGGUCCGCAAUGCCAGAAUACGGUGUCGCCAUGUUCACCCAACCCUUGUGACCACAACGCUGUGUGUGUAGAGAACAUGGACAGCUACACGUGUAAUUGUCAACCAGACUACACAGGGCAACACUGUGAGAUUGUAAUAGGCAGCUGUGCAUCUAACCCGUGUCAGAAUGAUGCCAUCUGUGUGGAUAAGGAAAACAAAUACUUUUGUUACUGUGUGCCAGGUUUCCAAGGACAUCACUGUGAAAUAGACAUAAAUGAGUGUGCAUCCAAGCCGUGCCAGAACAAUGGCUCCUGCCACAACCUGAAGGAUAGUUAUAAGUGUCAAUGUGCCACAGGAUACACAGGUGUCAACUGCGAGACAGAGAUCGAUGAGUGUCAAUCGAACCCCUGCCAGAAUGGAGCCACAUGCCGGGAUCACAUUGGCUUCUUCACCUGUAAAUGCCCUGCAGGGUAUGAGGGCGAGUUGUGCCAGUCAGAUAUCGAUGAGUGCCAAAGCCAUCCAUGUCAGAAUGAAGGAGUUUGCAUCGAUGCCAUUAACAGGUUCCAUUGUAACUGCUCUGACACAGGAUUUGUAGGAGAGAUGUGUGAAAUUGACAUCUUGGAGUGUUCCUCCAACCCGUGUAUGAAUGAUGCCACCUGUCAGGAAAGAAUCAAAGGCUACAAUUGUCUCUGCUGGGCAGGGUAUUCUGGAGAUCACUGUGAGUUAGAUGUCGAUGAAUGUGCUGACCGUCCUUGCUUACACGAUGGCCUGUGUCUUGAACGAUCGAACCAGAGCCUUUAUGGAACACAUCCGGAGUUUAGCCCAGAUUUCACCUAUGAUGGCGCCGCAGGAUAUUUGUGCAGGUGUCAGCCAGGAUUUACAGGGGAAAACUGUUCGGUGAACAUUGAUGAAUGUGCCUAUGCCAUAUGUCACAAUGAUGGGACCUGUGUUGAUCUGAUCAAUGCCUUCACAUGUCUGUGCGCUCCUGGAUACACUGGUGUGCUCUGCACUGUAAACAUUGAUGACUGUGAAAGCAAUCCAUGUGAGAAUGGAGCCACCUGUGAAGACGGAGUUGCAGAUUAUACCUGCAAAUGUCCAGCACCCACACUAGAUGGCGUCACAUGGGGAGGAAAAAACUGCUCCAUAAAGCUGGAGGGCUGCUUAAAUCAUAGCUGCCAAAAUGAUGCUGUGUGCAUUCCCUACUAUGUAGAAGAGAUCCAUACCUACUACUGCAAAUGCCAACCAGGCUUUCAUGGGCCACAUUGUUCCAUUUCCACCACGUUUUCUUUCUCAUCAAGCGGAUACAUUGUGUAUGAACUGGACAUAUACAAUAGAAGCAAGAAGAGUUCCGAAGGAGACCCAACUCUCAUAGAAGUGCGGUUUAGAACAACUUUGCCAAAUAUGCUUCUCCUUUAUCGUGGCAAUGAAAAAAGCUAUCUAAUCCUUGAACUCUUUAAUGGACGGCUUCAGGUUUUAUUUAAAAACAGCAAUACGUCUUUAUUCCUGGCAAUAGAUGAACAUAAAGUAGAUGAUGGUCAUUGGCAUAAAACAGAGGUUACUUUGAAUACAUAUCUGGAUCUAACUCUAUAUCAUGAAGGCUGCAGCAAUGGUGCCUGUUCCAACAAACAACCUGUACACUAUAAAAAUGAUCACCAGCUUCAAGAGUCACUCCAAAAAAUAUACAUAGGGGGACUCACGCAGGACUCUCUGCUAGACAAUACACAGAGCAAGCAAAAUUUCACUGGAUGCUUAGAAGAUCUUAUUAUUGACUUUGAGAUUCUGAUACCACAUGAUAUUGGAAAUUACCAAUCGUAUGACAUUGUACUUGGAUGUAACAAAACAGACUGGUGCCACUCCAAUCCAUGUCACCAUGGAUCACAGUGUAUUGACAGAUGGAUCAACUAUAAGUGUGACUGUGUCAGACCAUACACAGGUCCAACUUGCAUAGAAGAAUACACCUCAGGCACAUUCUUCUGGGAAGAUGUUCCUAGUUUUGCCAACUUCACUAUCACACAUGUUGGAGACUCUUUCAAUAUAUCUGCAUUUAUUAGGACACUUAAACCCGAUGGCCUGGUACUACAGAUCAGUAAUGGUUCUGGGGAUUACUUGUCAAUCUUCCUGAGAUCUGGACAAAUAAACAUCAAACUUUUGUCAAAAACCUUUACUUUCAAGGAAUAUAUCAGCAAUGGCAAAAAGCAUAUGAUUAAUAUAUUAUUUAUGGAGAAGUUUGUCCAAAUUAAUGGUGUCAAACUCAAUGAAGAGUUGGAGGAGCUGCCAUCAUUGUCCGUUUCAGCAGAAGACACUGUACUUGUUGGAGGAAUGCCACCGGGUGCAGACAUUGAGCAGUGGGGUGGAUAUUUUAAAGGCUGCCUCCAAGAUGUUCGCAUUAACAGUCAUCACUUGGACUUUUUCCCGUCAGAUAGUGAAGAUGAUGAUGUUCACCUGGUUUCAGUCAGCAAUGUCACAAUGGAUUGUGUGUCUGAUGACAUGUGUCAGUCCAGCCCAUGCAAGAAUAAUGGCGCCUGCACGGUGACCUGGAAUGAUUUUACCUGCGAGUGUGCAGCCAACUUCACUGGACCAACGUGUGAAGAGCCGGUGUGGUGUCAGCAGAGACCAUGUCCCCCGGAUUCAACCUGCAAGGACUUUCCUGGAGGGUAUACAUGUCUGGUCAAUGCCACAUUCAAAGAAGAAAGCUUGGUGAUCUUUACAUCCAACGUUUCCUCUGGACAUCAACUUUUAUCUGUUUCAUUGGACUUCAGGACCAGAGACACUGAUGCUGUUUUGCUUGAAGCCUCCAAAGAUAUGGACUUUAUAUCUAUUGCCAUUCUUAAUAGUCAAUUGCAGAUCACUUUACACAGUGGGAACAGCGUGGAAGGAAUCCGCUUUGUUUCAGAGAUGCUGGUUUCUGAUGCCUUAUGGCACAGAGUUGAGAUAAUGAUGAACACUCCUACAGCUGUGGCUCCUCAAUGGACAAUAAGCUUAGACAAUGGACGCAAUAUGGUGCUGCAUGGCAAUGCUGACAUCUUGAGUUUCUUAGCAGAAGACACUGCCAUUAAACUGGCUAAGCAUUACACUGGAUGCCUUGGACAAGUCUCAAUUGGAGGCCUAUAUCUUCCAUUUGCUGAACAAUUUUCUCCUCAACAUUUUAUUAGGAAAGAACAAGUGUCACUGGAGCUUGGAUGUAAAGGGGCAGAUGUGUGUGGAAAAACCCCUUGUCAGCAUGGUGGAGAAUGCCAAGAUCUGUUCAAUACAUUUAGCUGUACAUGUGCAGCAGGGUGGGAGGGCAUUUACUGUGAGCUCAAUAUUGAUGAGUGCAAGUCCAACCCCUGUGCCCAUGGAUUGUGCUAUGACCUAGAGAAUGGCUAUCGGUGUAAUUGUUCUACGGGAUACACCGGCAUAAACUGUGAAGUCAAUGUGGAUGACUGUCAGCAACAUCACUGUUUACAUGGAGGAAUCUGCGUAGAUGGUGUGAAUAGCUACACGUGUCAAUGUCCGCCCUCCUAUAUUGGGGAAUACUGCGAAUGGCUGUUCCCCCCUGAGAAAUGCGGAAUAAAUGUUACUUGUCUGAAUGGUGGUAAAUGCAAAAGUGGAAUUUGGGGGGCAAACUGUACGUGCAAGCCAGGAUUUAAAGGAAAAAGAUGUGAAAUUAACAUCAAUGACUGUGAGCCUAACCCAUGUCUCAAUGGCGGGGCAUGCCAGGAUUCAGUCAACAACUACAAGUGUAUCUGUAAUGGCAGCUUCAGCGGGGUUCGCUGUGAGAAAAGCAAUACAGCCUUGGCCUUCCCCUUCCCUCUCCUUGGAGUUGCUGUCCCUGUAGCUUGUGGGGUUUUGCUUCUCUUUAUUAUUGUGGCCAUUUUCAUGGUGCUGACAGCAAGGAAGAGGAGACAGUCGGAAGGCACGUACAGUCCGAGCGCACAGGAGGUGGCCGGCGCCCGGCUAGAAAUGGAUAGUGUACUAAAAGUGCCUCCUGAAGAGCGGCUGAUAUGAACCAGGAAAAGUGACGGGUGACAACUUUGUCAUCACUUUGUGGAUUAUACAUCAUGAGGACAGUGACAUCUUUGACUUAUUUUUGGUUCCUCUUUGUAUUGGGCAGCUAGUCUUUACUACUGUUCAUUUAUCCAUCAAGACAAGGAACACAAGACUUGUGGCGAUCCUCCAGAUAAACCAUUCUGCCUAACGUUUACUGUAGGUGAAGGCCACGAAGCCGACAUAAACCUUUGCCUGUGAUCUCUGUACAGAUGUGAUAAAUAUUCAGAGCCCUCUUGUUCAAUAGGUGAGACCUCUGUUAUACCUGAACUAUCUGGAGGGCAACAUUCUGGAUGUGCCUGUGUUUUAUAAUUAUAUUUUUAUAGGACAUGGAAAUCUCCUAUUCUGAGAGACAAUUUUUACCCCAUUUGUGCCUUGGGACUGUGUAGUUUUGCUGCUUUAGCUGUAGUGUAACUAGGCAAAGCACCUCAACAUUUCUCCUGCCUUAUUGUCGAUACACUAGGAUGGAAAGACAAGCGCUGUCAGUCCCAAUUGAGAAAGAUAUGUUAUAUUGCCCUCAAUUAAUGUUUUGGCAUUUCCAUUUACUACCUUAGGAUAUCGCUUAAAGAUGUGAGAAGAAUAACACGAUGAGCUUGAUAUUCUUGAAACCAGUUGCCUUAAAGACAAUAUAAAGACUUCUGCUGCUAUAACAUAGAUUCAUCCACUGGAUAGUUGAGAAAAGCGAAUAGAGUAGCAAAAAAAUGUCAUUUGGGGUGCGUCUAUGGGCCUACAUCAUGGGCUGAUCUCAGUGUGCACCUCAGUUGACACUGUAAAUUGGUUGCAUUUUGGUGUCUGUAUUAUGUCUGCAGACUCUUUUCCUUCAACAGUUUAACUGAACUGAACUAAGGGCCCAUAGGGUGCUCAUCAGCCAACCAGGUGGUGCUGUGUAACAGGACCAGCAAUAUUAGUGUUUGCCACCUAAUUGUUUCUUUUUGACGAGUAAAAAAAAAUAAUAAUAAUACAUUGUUCGCCAGCAGCACAUCUCCCUUUGUAAUAGGGAAUGUGUGCUAACAAAUGAUGGACGUAAAGGGCCGCAUAAAUGAUCCAGUGAACUCAAGCCUUGUAAUAGGUUCUGUGAACAAGCUCUGAGCUACAAGAUUGGCAUGUGUUGUCCCAUGAAAUAAGGCCAUAAAGCAUACAUCUGAUGGUGAUCCUCGUGGCAAGAGAUCUUUUCAACUGGUAACUUUGGAGCCUGAAACUUGCCCCAAGACUAAAGCAAUCUGAAGACCUAUUUGCUGGAAGUCCUAUAGAUUUUCAUGGGACUUCUGGCAAAUAUGCUUCCAGGUCCUGCCACUAGAACCAUCAUCAUUUAGGUUCACCAUAGAACUGGUGAUGACCAGAGUUAUCACUUAUCCACAGGAUAGGUAACAAGUAUCCGAUUGCUCAGCCAUUCUUCCCCCCCAUCGAUCACAAGAAUGAGUUUCCCAUAUCCCACAUUUGAAAGUAACAUUGACCGGGAAUAUGUCCCGCAGCUCCUGUCUAUUCUGUGGAAUACUCUGAUAUCUAGAUCAGUCUCCUAGAACUGAAUGGAAAGGCAGCACAAAUGCCCAAUAGUGACUGAAUUUAAAUGGGCAGUAUGUGAUCGGUGAUCAUGAUGGGGAUCAUAAUCGAUCUUCUGGAUUGUGAAUUGUUCAUGAGAAAACGUCAUUCAAUGCAGCCAAAUUACAGUGUUGUAAAACCAAUCUAAUGCACUGAAUACUGAUGACCAGAGGUGAGCGAAUUUACAGUACAGAUCAGCUGAACAAAAACUGUAGACAGAAUCCUAUUUUCAAGUGCUUUGAUUCCCUGGAAAAGUCAUAAGAGGGAAUCGGAGCAUCUGGAAAGCGGAUCUUCUUUUUCUAGAUGGAACGAAUAGACCAUCAAUGCUUCAGGUUUGCUUUCAUUGAUUUGUACUGUAGAUUUGUAGAUCUCUAACUAUAUUAUAUAACCAGGCUUACAUAACCUAGAUAUCCACCAAUCCCACAAACUUCUAUUUAUUGGUUGUUUUCUUGAGAUUAUUCAAAUUGAUAUAGACCUAUUACACUGGAUUUUAUUUUGUGCUGUUAUCAAAUUAUGUUUUUAAUGUUUUUAAGGAGAUUAUAUUCACAGCUCUCUCUGACUACAAGUUUCAAACAAAUGACUCCCAAUAUGAAAUAUACAUAGUGUAUACGCACAAAUGUUGAAGCUGUAGCCAAUCCUGUGUUCAUUGGCCCAGAUUUAUCCAACUGUGAGAAAAAAAGUGAUUUUCUCCCAGCAACUAAUCACAGCUCAGCUAACGAGCUCUAGUAAAGUGAAACCUGAGCUGUGAUUGGUUGUUAUGGGAAAAUCACUAUUUUUUCUCACAGUUUGAUAAAUCUGGGCCAUUGUAUUGACUUGUCUGAGUGGACUAGACCAGAUAUGCUGUAUAUAUACACACAUUGCUAUUAAUUUGGGAUUAGCUAAGAUGUCUUGUAUAAGACGACCCAGAAACAACCUCAAGCUGGGUACUACUUAUUGUAUGUAUGCUUCGAAUGGACCUUAUAAAUGUGGCCAUAAUUGCAGGGGUAUUGCUAGGUCUGUAAAAGACCAGGGGCUAGAGCCCAUAGCCCAAGCCAUGCCCUGACCAACACCCUAGUCACGCCCCUAACCAUGCCCUCAUUCAUACCCAAUUGCGCACAGUAUACAAGGAGAAAUAAUAUCUCCAUACAUAUUACAGUCAUACUGUUGGUGACCAUAUCUAAGCAAAAUUAAUACCAAUAAUACCAGUACAAAAAAAGAAAAAUGGUCAGCAUCUCCAAACAAAAUGAAACAUGUGCACAUUGCUUGUUUUGUGUGUCAACAGUAGAAACAAAUAAUACCGCCAUACAAUGACCACGACCACCAUUACCACUGACUAAUAACACUAUAUUUGUUACUGAAUAAAAUAAACUAUACCAAAGACCAUAUUCCCAAAUACAUUCACCAUACAGAGGUAGAUACCAGCUGUACACAGGACCAUAUAGUGGUAUAUACCAGCUGUACACAGGCUCUGUAUACCAUAUAAGUGAUUAUAUACAGGACCAUAUAGAGGUAGAUACCAGCUGUACACAGUACAGAAAGACAAAGAAAGUAAGAACACAACUCCAAGGUUUCGGUGUUCAAAUCAGGGCUGAAGAUUUAUUGCACCAUAAAACAAAGCACUUUGUUAUAUGGUGCAAUAAAUCUUCAGCCUUGAUAUGAACACUAAGUGAUUAUGGGUACGUUCACACCUGUGUAUUUUCUGCUGGAGAUUUGCUGUAGCAGGUUUUGCUACCACUUAAAGUCAGUGGUACUAAAGCAAAUAUGCAGCAGAAAAUAUGCAGGUGUGAACAUAGCCAUAAAAUUACAUCUAGGGACUCACAGAUGGCGUCUUUUCUGAUCAGCGGCAUCCUCUUUCCUUUUCUACUCCAUUCGGAUCAGACCAACAUGACUGCUUCUUCCAGCCAAAACUUCAUCUCUUCGGCAUCUGCAGGACAAACAUGUUAGACUUUGCACUUUUCCAGUGUCAUGCCCUCCCCAUCAAUAGGCCUCCAUUCUAUAAAAAAUGCACCCUUGGUGUCCCGCUCAGUAAAAAUGAGCACAUAGUUAGCCAAGUAGUCAUCUAUGUAGGUAGGUAACUAGCCAGGUAGCCAGUUUUUUAGGUAAGUAGUCAUGUAUGUAGAUAAGUUAGGUAGCCCGGUAUGACAGUAGGUGAGUGGUUCCCAUACAGGGUGCCUUCAGCUGUUGCAAAACUAUAACUUUCAGCAUGCUCAAACAGCCUUUGGCUGUCUAAGCAUGCGGGGAGUUGUAGUUUUGCAACACCUGGAGGCACCCUGGUUGUGGAACACUGCCUUGGAAGCCUUUCAAUGCAGUGGUUUCUUUUUUUUACAACCAAGGUGCCUCUAGAUAUUGCAAAACUACAACUCCUAGCAAGCCCAGUCUGAGCAUGCUGAGAGUUGUAGUUUUCCUACAUCUACAGGCAGCAGUUCCCCCACAUUAGAUAGGCAGCAUAGUUCCCCCACAUUAGUUAGCCGUUUCACCACAUUGGCAUAGUUUCCCCACAUUAGGUGCCAGAUUUCCCACAUUAGGUGGCAGUUUCCCCACAUUAGGUGCCAGAUUCCCCACAUUAGGUGGCGGUUUCCCCACAUUAGGUAGUUUCCCCACAUUAGCAUAGUCCUCCCCUCGACAGACAGACACAAACACAGAGACACAUUCACCUUGCUUAUCUCCGGUGGUCUGACUAGUGACGUCACUGACAUCCUCCUGCGCGGGUCUGUGAAGGAACGUCACUUGCAUGACGUCACACCCGAGACCCUGGCCGGCCAGCCGGCUCACUGUUUUAAAGUGGCCGCUGUGCUAUUGCGCCACGGCCACUUUAAAUCAGUGAGGCGGCGCAACGGUGAGAAGCGGCACAGCCAAGAAAAAAAAUAAUCGCCCCUGUGAGACCCUGGGUUAUUAGCAGUACACAUGGGGCUAUAGCCCCGUUAUCCGCCCCCCCCCCCCCCCUGGUGACGCCCCUGGGCAUCUGUAUUGUAUGGAUCCCAAAUACCAUAUCACCAUCAUGUGUUUCUGACUUUAACCAGAGGCACACUUUUUUUUUAUAAUGGAUAACCGUACAACAGAAAAAAAGUGGUCAGUGUAACCAUACUACAUACAUACUCCGUCCUAAAAGUAUUUCUUACAGAAGUAACGCACAACGUGCAAUACAAGGCUAUACUUCUGACCUGUGGAACAUUCUGUACACGCGGGAUUGCCAUGUGCAUGAGGCUUUACAUUGUGAUAGUAGACCACUGAGAAACUGUGCCCCCUACAGGUUUAUAUUGUUGAUUUAUUAAAAGCUACAGCUGUAUGAACACUGGAUUUAAGCUCUGUAAAUGCCUUUGUAUAAACUGUAUGAUAAUGUAUGUGUAUAUUUUGUACUGUAAGAAGAGGGCAAUGCCCAAAUAUCACACACACUGUAAAUGAAGUGCCAAAUGCAACAGCAAAUGAAUGAACUCGAAUAAAACAUUCUGAUAAUUUGUGUUCACUUUUCACUAUCAACUAAUACAGGCUAUAUACCGAAUUUGGGUAAUAAUGUCCAGGAUAACAUUUCAGAACAUCAAAUGGCAAUAUGGGGUUAUGUAUAGUUAGUUUUGCCAUAUUAAGGGUUAAAGGGGUACUCCUCUUCCCAGCGUCCGGAAGAUUUAGUUCCGAACGAUGGGUGCGGGCUUCCGUGGUAGCCCGCCCCCUCGUGACAUCACACCCCGCCCCCAUGAUGUCCCACCCCGCCCCCUCAAUGCAAUUCUAUGGGAGGGGGCAUGGCGGCUGUCAUGCCCCCUUUCUAUAGACUUACAUUAAGGGGGCAGGGUGUGACGUCACGCCAUGAGGGGGCGGGGCGACCACGGAAGCCCGCACCCAGCGUUCAGAACUAAAUGUUCCAGAUGCUGGGGAGCGGAGUUCCCCUUUAAAGGGAACUUGUCAUCCUUAUCAUGCUGCCUGAACCCCAAAUCAUCAGGGUGAUCCUGGGUGGCUUCUGCCUGCCCGGCUAACCUUGAUAGAUCACGUUCUAUUUAUGUAUAAGGAGAGAUCUAUGAAUCAAGGCUGGGGGGGCGGGUAGAAGCCUCCGGAGACUGUUAUGAUGACUCACGGU